UCUGUUGGCCCAGCCCAUAGAGAACGAGUGCAUGGAGGGUCUGACCUUGAAGAUCACAGACUUCGGCCUGGCGAGAGAGUGGCACAAGACCACCAAGAUGAGCACGGCUGGCACCUACGCCUGGAUGGCUCCGGAGGUCAUCAAGUCCUCCACCUUCUCCAAGGGCAGCGACGUGUGGAGCUAUGGUGUCCUGCUGUGGGAGCUGCUAACGGGGGAGGCCCCCUACAGAGGGAUCGAUGGUCUUGCCGUUGCCUACGGAGUCGCUGUCAACAAGCUCACCCUGCCCAUCCCUUCCACCUGCCCCGAACCCUUCGCCCAGCUCAUGUCAGAAUGCUGGGACCAGGACCCUCACCGAAGACCUGACUUUUGCUCCAUCCUGACGCAGCUGACGGCCCUGGAGCAGCAGGUGAAGGAGGAGAUGCCGCAGGACUCCUUUCACUCGCUGCAGGACGACUGGAAGCUGGAGAUCCAGGACAUGUUUGAUGAGCUGCGGGCCAAAGAGAAGGAGCUGCGAUGCCGUGAAGAGGAGCUGAAGCGAGCGGCUCUGGAGCAGAAGUCCCACGAGGAGUUCCUGCGGCAGCGGGAGCAGCAGCUGGCCCAGUGGGAGCAGGACGUCUUUGAGCGCGAGCUCAGCCUCCUCAUCCUCCACCUGAACCAGAACCAGGAGAAGCCCAACGUCAAGAAGCGGAAGGGCACCUUCAAGAAGCACAAACUCAAGAGCAAGAACGGCGAGAAGAUCAGCAUGCCGCAAGAUUUCAUCCAUAAAAUCACAGUGCAGGCGUCGCCGGGCCUGGAGAAGAGGCGAAACUCUCCAGAUUUGGGCUCAGGCUCCUCGCCUUCCUUCGGCCCACGGUUUCGUGCAAUCCAACUCAGUCCUAGCGACAGCAGCAGGACGUUUGGUCUCACCCCUGUCCGCUCAAUAGAGACCCCUUCUCACAAGCAAUCCAAUGGAGACCUGAGGCUGAACCCACACUGGAGGCCCCAGAGCCCAAAGAGUCCCAAAAGCCCUAAGGUUCUACGGCUGAGUCCUCAGGAAAGCAGUUUAUCAAUGAGGGCCAAACUGCUGGGCUCAGACAGCAAUGAGAACGGAGACAGCAUGGAUGACUUUGAGGAGUACCGACCCCCCACACCAACCUCAGCCUCCACUCAGAACGGCUCCUCAUCCAAGGACAGCCUGCGGCUUCCUCCCUCUCAGGGAGACUCUGGCAGCGAGGAGGGGGGUUACUCCCCGGCCGGCUCCCCCAUGCCCGAGAGGGGUUCUCUCGGCAGCAUGAUCAAGAACACACACCGGGCGUUGCUGGGUUGCGGCUCCCUGUUGGCCUCCGUAGCACUAGGCCGAGGCUUGGAUGUUCCCCCUAGGGUGCCCCCUCGAACUAACCCCCCAUCCUCCGAGGACCGCACCUCCUUCGAACUGGAGAUCUCGUCCCCCAGGCCCCUAAUAACAGACCCCCCCGUGGUGGACGACCUCAUCACCUUCUCCACCUCUGAGCCGCUCCCUAGACCGCUGUUGGAUCUAGCCCUGCAGUACCAGGAGCUAAAGCCUCUGCCCCUGACGCCGCCUCCGCCCAAUCCCCGGGAGAGGUCCGGCCCCCGGACACCGCAAACGCACCCCAGCCCGCCGAGCCCCGGGACCCCCCUGCAGCCGGACGGAGCCGCCCCGGGGGACUGGACUGCCAGCUCCAGUUCCAGCAACGGGGAGCUGAGCAACGAGGGCUGGGAGCACAGACCCGACAGGAGGAGGAGGUCCAGCUACGGCCUGCACGCCUCUCAGCUAGUUCUAGAUCUGCCCCUAUGCCAAGACACACUGGACUUUGACGACAAGGCGUCCGUUCCCUACGCCCUCCACCCCAACCCGGCGCUGUGGAGCCCCAAAACCCGCCGGCUGGAGGUCAGCGUCAUCCCCCGGCCACGCCCGUCGCCCAUCCGGCCCCGCAUCGACCCCUGGAGCUUCAUCUCGGCCGGCGGCGGCAUCCCAGGAGGAGGCCGCAGCCCGGUCCGUUCGGACAGCCACCCCCUGGGCUACCAGCCCUCGCCCACCAACCCCUUCACCAGCUGCGACCCCUUCCCCUCUCCGGACUGCGACCCCUUCGCCCUGAAGGCGGACCCUUCCAGCAGCGCCGACGCCGCGUCCCCCUUCGACCCGUUCUCCGCUCCGUUUCCCACGUCCCGCUCCGCCCCCUGCUCGGCGAACGGCUCGCCCACGCUGCCGUCGUUCCGCAUCGCGCCCAUCAAUCCGGCAGACCCGGCCUUCAUGGACCUGCGCUGGGCGUCCUGCAGCAAGCCUCUGGAUAUGACCAAAGAGAGGGCGCACCCCCGCAGAACUCUGGGGCUCAAGCCCUUCAAGUCUCCCACGCAACUCAGAGACGACCGGUUCUGAAUCCAUUCUCCUUUCCAGUCGUGGAUGAUGACUUCAUCCCAGUAAUUCAGUCCUGGACCAUUCUCACUACUGUUUUUAUUUUCUUUACUUUGUUGGGGUCGAAAAUUUGGAGCCUUUAAACAAAAAUCAUUCUGAGGAAGAGGGGGGAGGGGGGCUGCAGAAAUUGCAGUUCUUAUUUAUAUAGCAGCCUGGUGCUUUGAAAAGCAGAAAGCCAGUGGAAAGGUGGUACAAUGGAUUGUGGGAAAUCAGCCUGUGAACCAAUCGCUGGUGCCAAUUUCAUUUUUCCUGUCUGUCUCUGUUCCUGCUGUCCCUUUGAAGGAGCAGAAUAGCGAUCAGCAGCCUCAUCUUGAGCUUCUGUCAGCCCGCUCCUAUCACCUGCUUUCAUCUCCCCGUAGCUUUGAAGCAUUGUGACAAUGCAGAGGUGGAUCAGGCCAUUUUUACAGCUUUAUCCGCCCCUACCGCUCUGCAGACUGAAAGCCUUCGCGACAAUGCCAGAAAAUUGGAGUGCCUUAUUUUGUGAAGUGUUUUUUAAUAUAUAUCUCUCUUCAAGGUUUAGCCGGUGCAUAGAUGAGAUGCUAUGAAUUUGACCUAAAUUUCCAGAUCAUGUAAAAAAAAAAAAAAAAAAAGAAGAAAAAAAUCUGUUAUUGUGCAUCUGUGUCUCAUUGUUCGAACAAAGCCUCUUUUCUCUUUUAACGGUUUGCUGCCUAAUGGGAGAAUCCACUCACAGUAGAUAUCCUUGGCAGCUGGUGAAACUCGAGGCCGAGCCGUGGCCCGGGCGUUCCCCCUCACAGGCGGAGAGCAUUCCAGUCACAUUCCUCGGGAAAUGCCAGGGAUUGGACAGAUCCACUGGGCUGGCAGGCUGGCAGGCGACGCGGCGCAGGAAGCGGGACGGGGAGCCCUCAGCAUCCCCUCCCCGUGCCAAAGAGCGCUGCGGAGCGCUCGGACAAAAGGUGCUCACAAGAAGCCGCUCUCAGCUGCACGUAGUGCCAGGCAGAGGCAGCGGGGACAAAGUUUGGGCCCUAGUGCAGAUCGUGGGAACACUAACACACUUUCCUAUGCCAGCAAAAUCAGAGUCUUACAUCGCUUGAAAGCUUUAUGGAAAAAAAACUAAAUCCCCUAACACGAGGCCAUGCGAUGGGUAACGUAACCUGAACCUGGUUUAAAGAGCUUCAUGAUGUUGGAGUCCUCGUUUUUAACAGGAUGUAAAAAUCUCUGCUGCUGCUGCUGCUUGCCUCUGGUAGAAAGACGUUCUGUCUCACUGAGUCUAGUAAAGCGAAGAACUCCUCAGAGCGGUGAGAGGCUAAUAGGUUGUCGGUUCUUGGCCCUCUUUUUUUAGCCAAUUCAGCUGAUCCUUCCACCGCUUUGAGGAUCGCUUCUCCAAACGUACAGGAACGCAACAUCUUUCCACUACAGCUAUGGGAAAAAUCAACAAUGUGAGAAUGAGAGAACCUCAUUUCAGUGAAUCCAGGCUAUUCCUUUGGGGGGGGGGGGGGAUUGUUCCUCACUCUGAACUGAGACUACCCAUGAUGACCAGCCAUGAGUGCUUCAAACAGCCACGCUUCAGUCAAACAUAUCGCACCAGUUUUAUUUUCCUCACAAAAGCUCUGCCCCUUCCACGUUAGGAUCUAAAUGAGCCGGCGGUGAAUCAGUCUGACGCGUCCCCCCCCCCCCCGUCCGGCUGCUCAGACGGUCCACCAUCCUGCUACCUGCAGGUCUUUCUGUCACACGGCCCACCGCCGAGUUGCCAGGCAACUGGCUGAGACGUUCAGGCCAAAGCCAUACAGUCAAAUUUGGUUGAUUUCUUUUUCUUCCUUUGUUACAUUGGCUCUGGGUCUGUCCGGCUGUCCUCGUUCUUUUUUUCCCCCUCUCCAUUAAUCCGAGCGUGGACUGUUCUCUCCUAACUCUUAGGAGGACGGGCGCAUCGUCUUCCUAAUCUGCCGCCCGGUGAUAUCCGUUUACCUCCCAGACUGUUGAAUUAGCGUACUCCGGCCGACGUAGAGAAGCUGGCUGCUUCCUGCUGAUGCCUAGACGCUUAUAAUGCACGCCGCACCUCCCAGCCAUGCGUGGGAUUUCUGGGAAGAGCCUGUAGGAAAAGUUCACUCGCACCUUGUGCUGAACUUGCUGCUGCUGUCGAGACGUCUGAUCCUCAGGAGCGUGUUGAAUCUUCCGGAGACGAUUCAAGCCGGGCUCUAAGAUGUAUUCCAAAAUAAAAAAUGUUACACACAUAUUGUGUGAAUGCAGGAAGUGAGCAGCUGAAAGAGACCCACUCAGUCUGCCUGUCAGCUGCCAAUAGUGUCAAAUAUUAAACGUCCAGAUUCUGACUUGCUGCGUCCCGGAGGCCGCGUCAUGGUUCUGACUCCACAGCCCAAAAGCUUGGGGGUUAACCCCCCCCCCCCCCCUCCCCUGAUGGUGAUAAUGAGCCUCCUGAUAAGGGCGGGUAGCGCUUACAAAGCCAUCAGAUAUUUGCUUAAUUAAUUUGCCCUGACGAGAGCGUGCUUCAGGCCAGAAGUCCGUCUGCUUCCUCCACCGGCUCGCCCUCUUUUUCUUUACCGUGUGAAGUUUCCAAGUCUGCUCUCCUCCCUUCCGCUUCUGUUGUUUUUCUGCGCCAGCGGCUGCAGCUGCCGACUGCACUGAUUCCUCAUCUUCCUCAUUGCUCAGGCUGUUUCUGUUCCUGCAGCCUUCCCUCCUCCCGUCUCCUAUACCUGCUCCUUCUUCUUUUCCCUCUGCCUUCUCCUUCCCUCUUUUUUUUCUCUCCCUUUCCUCUUUUGAGCAUUUUCCUGCCAGUCCUGACAUUAGGGGGAGCAUUGGCAUUUGUUCCAGGGCAGAGUCCAUUUACUGAGGAGCGAUUGUUUUCGGUUCUGGUCCAAAUCACGCCCCUGGCUUUUCACGGGCCGUCCCUAUGCGUCUUAACUCAAAAACUGUCUCAGAAGGCCAAAAGAUUUACUAAACAGCAGCAAGUUAGGAAGAAACAGUCGGCCCAAGAAGGUAAAAGCCUGCAUGCGAGCAGCCAGGAAGUAGUUCGCUGUAACGAAUGCAGAGACAAACAGUCAUGGGGUCAAUUCACUCCUUAGCCCAUUGUUGCCGUUUUGUCUAGACGGCGUCACUAAAUCCCAAUUAUCCCAUUAUUAAUGUGUGCCCUGGUGCAAUCCCCAAGGCCUGCUUGGACGCAGUAUUUUAUAGGCUGUAAUAUGUCGGGUGCCAUGCAAUAACGCUCUGCUUGCCCAUAAUGCAUUUGACCCCUUGGAUGUUCUUUCUUUGGCCACAGCCGAUCUACUGCAAGGCGAACAAGUUCCUAAACCUCGUGAAGAUGGGUAGGGGCGCCAUGAUGAUCAAAAGGAGAGCAGGGAAACAAAUCUGGAUUAUCCGCGGUAUUAUCAUAGCUAUGUUGGACCUCUAAAUGCAAUAAAUGUCCAAUCAUUAUUGGUUUGACUCACAACAGCGCUGGACCCCUGAACAAAACCAGAUUAUCUCUAAGCACCUCCUGCUGGUACGUGUUAUUUCUACGAGCAACUUGAAGCAAAUUUCCUUACAACAGACUGAGCGGAUCGUUAAAACGUCGUCAGGUGGUAAAGUGAGAAUGACUUAUGUCCGGUGCAAAACGUCCUGCAUCCCACAGCUCCACUUUAUAUCCAGAGAAGUCACUGAACUGACCAAAGCAAAGGUGGGAUACGGUAACGGCCUAAUCACCUCCCAAAAUAGCCUGCUUUACAAGCUAGUUAAAAGUACCGUCCACAUUAUACAGGCUACAAUCAUCCCCCCACCCCUGCAAACCAAUUGUAUGGACAGCUAAGACUGAGAGCGAACAGUUAAUUCCUUGUCUCAUGUCAACUCGCACAGACGAGAGCUGUCUUAUGAUAGUCGUUACCUUUGGGCGGGCUGCUGUUUUCAACAGAAGGCAGCGAUAAGAAGAAGAAAGAAAAAGAGCACACAAAGAAACAGAGAUGAUUGAAAUGUUUUGGAAAUUGCUUCUGUCACAUGUUUUCUGUGUGAAGUGUCCUCUUCUGGCUGCCAUUCAGCGACUCCUCUAGGCUAGAUUAGAAUUUUCCUUCAGAAACUGUCAGGAAAAAAAAAAAAAAAAAAACAACAUUUCUUGCCGGUUUCUAUUUAAUAAUUGAGGACCUAAAAUAUGACUUGAAAUAAAAGGAGUCUCUUGUGCUUCCCGCAGAUGAUUACUUUCUUACCUGCAUUCAGAGGGGGAAUGUUUUUCCUCCUCGUAAUCACUUCUGCUACAGAUUGACCCAGAAUGAAUAAGUGCUCGCCUUCACACACACAAACAGACUCCCCGCACUCGGAUUCCCUGAACUUGGGUUUUCUAAUUUGCUAGCUAUGAGGGGGGAAAAAAUGGCCCGACACAUUUUAUUCAGACCGUCUUUGACAGGGAUGUCUGAUUCUUGGUUUUGGCUGUCAGAUUUAAGAAGCAUAGCUGCCAUUUGUCCCCCCUGAGCUGACAGCCAACGCUCCGGCAAGAAAGUCCUGAUGGGUCUCUGCGCAUCUAGGGCCGUCAUCCCAAGUUACUGUCCUGAGUCUACGGCUGACAGGUGUGCUCAACUCCCUCUGGCUCGAUUUGACAAACCUAAUUUAAAGACAUGCUUGGGCAAUUUACAGUAAUAACGGAAUGUAAAAUGCCCAAUGUGUCACCUGAUGGAAAUCGGUAGAGAAGGCGCUGACCCCGUUGUGACACACGACUACUUGCAGCCAUGCUAAAAUAAACUAUUAACAAAAGAGAGCCAAGAUAAACAUAAAACACGGCCUCUGUUGGCCUAAUUGUGCACACAAAGUUAAUUGGCCCUGUGAGCAUUGAUGUUUAUGUUCAUACUUAUUUUUUCCCCCUCAUUUACCUUGAUUAAGAUAUUAAUUUAACUGUUGCAGCUAUGAAAUUAGAAUUAACCUUCUAAUACCCUUUAGAGACACUGAAUUGCAUUGGGACCUUAGAAACAUCCCCUGUUUGUGUCUUAAAGCCAAAAUUAGCACCACCACCUUGUUGGCCAAAGGUGAAUGUGCUCUAUUGGUUAUAGCUGUUAAUAGGAAUAGCUAUAUAUGGUUUGUAGCAUCAAUUAGCAAAUUCUUCCGUAUCCAUUAAGGCAAAUUUGACGCUGUUUGUUGAAGUGUGUCAAGACCAUGCAGAUUAGGGGAUUACACUCGUGGGAUAAUUUAUGCCUCACAAUUAAACACGUUUCAUAGGCACCCUGACUCGAAGCUUCAGUGCCAUCAAUGCCACCCUCAGAAAAUAACCAGAGUGCAUUUUUUGACUCAAAGGUUAAAUGUUGGUGGUAUGUGGUGCCCUUUAUAGAAUGACAGGUAGUUAUUUAGGCAUGUCUAUGCUGCUAAUGUUUGCCUUAAUAUGUAAGAACAGCCAUUUUUUUAAAUGCACAUAGUACACAACUGAUGCGUGUUGCCCUUAAUCAACUCGGUCAUUUGAUGGGUGUUUUAUGCCACGGAUGUAUGUUGCCAUGUGGAUGCAGGAUUGUACUGAUUUGGAAACUUUAACAGUUAACUUUAUUGAAAUCAUUAGUAACUGGACUGGAUCAUUAAAAGAAACUUAAAAUGCUAACUAACACCAUUUUCUUAACUAGCUAGCUUUAUUUGCGUAGCAUUAGCAAAUGCUGCUAACCACAAUGCUGAAUCCAAUUUUUGCAUUUAAAACCAAACCACUGCUUUUUAUUUUUCAGAUUUUGAUGUUCUUACUAAAUUUUACAUUUAAACGCAACUUCCCACUGUGCAGUUUUUUUCUUUUCUUGUUUUUCUAGUCGACUCUGAAUGCGUUGUAAAUCUAGCUGACUCUAGACGGGGCAGCUAGCUUGGUGCGCAUUCCCAUUCUUCAGUUUGUGUAAGCAUGUAGACACAAUCCAAUUCACUUCGCUGUCAAAAAAAUGGAGAGGGUAAAUAAGAUAAAUCAAUGCGCUGUAUGCAACCAAAACAACAUGGUGGGAUAGUGAAGCAGGUAGGAAAUAUAUUACUUUAAUGCCUUCGGGGUAAACUAACCAAGCUCUGGACCAGACAGAUAUGGACCUUUGUUACUAAGCAAGGGAAAUAUAAUGUAUCAUUUAAAUGUGGAGAGAACAGGAAAAACUGCAUGUAAACAUGCCAGAUUUCUGCAGUUUAGCUUAAAGAAAUUUGGAGUAGAAAUAUAAUUUUUUUCUUUGGCAAGCUAGUUAUUUAACACCUACAGUCCCCACAAUGCAUAUCAGUAUCAGACUCUGGGUCCAUUUAUCUUUUUUUCUUUUUUUUCUUGUGCACAAUUAAGUGGAUGCUCCAAAUAUGUCUGCUUUUGCUACAAUUGCUUCUCAGCUUGCUGUCGAAGCCAGAAACACUGUUGCCGGUUUGAGCAUUUAUGAAAGUGAAACACCUGCCCGGACCUUUUGUUUGGCCCCAUUAGGCCGGGACCAAAUGAUUAAAUUUGACCUUUAGCUGACCGUACAGCCACGGCGGAUCCCGGUGGGGAUGUGGACAAAAAGCCCCGUCGGUGAGAGUAGCCGCCAGGUGCAGAACGCUAAUGCUCACUCUCUGAAACUGUGAAUAUUAUUUCUAAUUCUUUCGGCGUGGACACCCAAGGUCACAAUCUGCUGUCCCUUCUCUUCCAAUAACAAUGAAAACGAAAUGAAUAGGAGGUGUGAAAGAAAAGGCCGAUUGGUUUCCAGGAGCACAGCGAUGGCUCCUGCAGAGAACUGGCAGCGCGUCUGGAAAAUAAACACAAAUUUCAGCGAGGUUAUCAAGUCCAAGGCUCAAACGCGCUUCCCUCACUGAACCCAACAGCAUGCGGCAGCCGCUUGCUUGUGAUUAUUGCUCUGUCUAGUUACUGACACUCAAUUACCUUGUCAUCUUCCUCUCUCGCAGAAGCUAUUCAGUUUGUAAAUUUCUGUUUGUUGGAGUACGGAACAGCCCCGCUGCAAAUCAAUUUGGUUGAAUAAACCCUGAUCGCCUCUUAGAUAUGGAGGUGCUAGAUGAUUUAUUACGGUUUGCACGUACAGAUAGAUUAUCGUUUCAGCCCUUCUCUUGUUCGUCUCGUAAACCAAUACAGAUCACAGGUUAUGACGAAUCUCUUUCAAGCUUUCAAAGGCCUGUAAAAAUGUCUUUGCCCCCCUUUUUUUUUGUUUUAUUUGUCAAAGGUACAUAUUUAAUAACUUAUUUUCCUAUUUUACUAAUGUAUCUACAGUAAAUUCAGAAUGCAGGACUCAUAAUUUCAGUUUAAAGAGAAAAACACUGCAAGCCAACCUGGCUCUAUGUAAAAAGUAAUUGCCCCCCUUAAAGCAUACGGUAACUGUGAUUAACCCCAUUGUUUGGCAACCUGAGCUCAAUUUCACUAGCCACACCCAGGUCUGACUGCUGCCAGAUUUUCACAAUUAAGACAGUGAAAUAGAACCUGUAUGACAGCAUGAAGUAGGCCUCAAGGUCUCUUCUGGAGACCUUGAGGAAUUCUCAUCCUGGAGGAGAAUGCCCAUUAGUAUGUGGCCUUAAGCCCAAAUGCACUUUGGUUAUGCAACAUAAAAGCAAUUAAAAGAACACAAAUUUAACCUGAGAAUGGUUUAAAAAAAAAAAAAAACGUUUUGGAGUUGUGCAUCAAAGGGUGGGCCAAUAUUUCUCCACGGUGACAAAAAAAAAAAGAGCCUCGGUAGAGUCGUGAUAACUUGGUAGUUGUUACCAAGGAUGGCACAGCUAGUUUUUAGGUUUAAGGGCUGUUUAAAUUUUGUAUGAACUCAGGGUAUCUGUCUGAUAUUAAAGUUAAGUUGACGGUUUGAAACAUUUAAGUGUGACAAAUGAGCAAUCGCAGAAGAAAGCGCUAGGCGGAAGCCGACAGUUUGUAGCCACUUUCUUAUGAGUGCCGGGUUUAUCUACUGACAAUUACCGUGAUUAAAAUUCCGCGAAGCAUUUAAAAGUAAUUAAAGGAAGCUGGAGAGUAUUUAGCAAUGGGUGGUCUCUUUCAGGUGUCCAUUAGAGCCGAAACUCCCAACGAUCCACAGACGCAAUUUGCACGGUUUCGGAUGGAACAAAUCUCCUCGACUCCCCCAGUCAGAUGUUUCACACUCACUAUCUCGGCAGCACAGUUAGAGGUUUUCACUCCUGCCAGCUCUCUGCCAGCCUCCACAGGACACUCACCAUACAUACACGGGGGCUUCAAAGGGAUAUUUAUGACCGGCCACCUUCCUAAACACUGGAUAAAGACUCUUUUAAAGGUGGCCUUUUUGACACAGUCUACAUUAAGAUGAUGAUCGGUUUUUAUUUUAGGUUUUCACUGGAGUCUUUCCCCAGGCACGUUUUGGGUGCUUCCUGCUGGACGUAUUACCUGCACAGUCCAUCUCUUCUUUUUAAUGUAAAGUAUUUUCUCUACAAGGUGCAAAGAGUUUUCUUGCCUUAUGAGGAUUCAAAGUUGGGCUCUUUUAGUCAGAAGCAGGGAUUUCAGCCUAAUGGAGCAGGCCUAGCCCUCUUUUCGUCUCUUUGACCACAGACAGGGUUCAUCUCUCCUCCCCUCUGCCUGCGUGUACAUGCAUUGUGUUGUAAAUGUUUGAGAAUCAUUUCCACGUUUGCCUCGGCGGCAUGAUGUAACCGUUACAUCGCCCAGCCGGCCCACUGACCUGUCUCUGCGAGUUAAAGGUUCCUCAGACCUUCGGGCUUUUGAGAACUCCUUGAUGCAUUUUUUUUUUUUUUUUUGUGAAAUCUCGCACUGGGCUGGGCCUGAAUGAACUGUUUUUACUGUGCAUCGAGAGUAUUAUUUCUGUAUGCAGUAUUUGAAAGUGUUUUUAUUUCUCAACAACUUAUUAUAAUGGGUUUUAACCUGUGGAGAGGAAAAAAAAAGCUGAAAAAGAAACGACCAAAUAAAAUGUAACACUCCUGA